CUCUACUUCCUGUUUAUUUUGUAGAAUGUUUAACUGAAGUUGGGUCGACUGGAGGUGGAGACGCGGCUAACAGGUAGCAGAAAUGUAAGCUCCAACCCCCCCGCCCAGUCCUGUCCCGAGGGAAAUGGACGAGAUAAGUCCUUUGUUGGGCAACCAGCCGCGGCAGGACCCAGACCUUCUGUCUCCAAACUUGAGACCCAGACACCGGGAUCUGAUCCCAACGCCAUGUGGACCAGUGAAGCCCUGGUCAGAGCUGACAUGCAUGCUGAAGCUCUAUUUCUGCUUCACCAUAGUGUCUUUGCUUGCCCUGCUUGGCCUCACCGUGUACAGCAUCUGCAAGGAGCACAUGGACACAGACGUGUAUGAUGAAGACAAUUUCACUGUCUCUCUAAUCCAGAUGGUUGGAAUAGUGUUCUGUAUCUACUACAUCAGCCGCGGCGUGCUGCAGGAGAACCGUCAGGAGCUGGUGGUGUUUGUGCUCAGCGUGUUUGUGGUCAUGAUUCGAUCGGUGGUCAACUUCUCCGUUCAGGGACGGAAGGCCAAGCAGGAGCUGCUGGUUCGAUUCGUGUGCACCAUGACUCUGGGCGUCGUGCAUCUCUUUUGCACCAUAGUGCUCAUCCAGAGGCCCAACAUGAUGGCGUUCCGUGUGGGCGGGGCUCUGGAGAGGCUCCAAGAGCAGUAUUUCCUGCUUAACUUGUGCUUCUCCAUGGUGACCUUUGACCUGCAGGCUCAGUUGUGUCUGUGCAUCAUGAUCACAACGUCAGACACGGCCAUGUCCACUGUCAACAGUAUCAUCCUGGGUGUUGGAGUGGUCUGGGCCUGCCUCACCUCUGCUGUAGGCGCUGCUGCGGUUUUAAAGGAAGCAAAAGUCUUGGUUUGGAUCUUCACGGCGCAGAACCUUCCUCAACUAGCCUUCUUCGUGUAUCUGAUGUACAGGGUGGUGGAGAAAUGGUUCCACGACAACACAUACACACUAGAGGCAGCUGCUGUGACCGGAGCUUUGAUUUCACUGGUGAUCAAAGCGGUUUUAUUCUGGGGCCUCUUCAGACUGGUGCACAGCUUUGGACAAGGCCUGAGAGAGAGAAUGUUUGCAUCCGGCAAGUGAUAAAACAUCGAGUGGUCGUGGACCGAGGACACAGCUUUAAGAAGAUCAGAUUUCUAUUCAUCAUUAACUCGGCCAGAACAAUCACCUUUUAUUUUGCCCAAUAUGUUUACUGUAUGGAUUCAAUUUUAGCUCCACCUGUGUGCCUGUUUACAAGUCAACUUGAGCCCCGUUUCCAUGUGAUACCUGAAGCAUUAACACCUGAUACUAGAAUUCAUUUCUGGAUUGUGCCUACUGUUUGUUUUCAGUCUAGUAUGUCACGUUGUCCCUGGUUGCCCUGCAGUCCUCAAUUACUGAGCAAACACUGACUUUUUUUUUUUUCCAUUUGUCUCUUCAGUAUGUGGUCAAACUGCAUUUACACCUGACUGAUAUCCUUUCACAGUGUGAGCCUGUCCAACUGAACAUGUCAUCCAACUGGUCUGAUUGCAUAACAAUGUGCUCUGCAGGCAUUAACACGCCCUAAUCUGGAUAAUUUAUCUGGAUACCAGCCUUAAAUGGGUGCAUUCAAAACAGUUUUGCACAAAAAUGUAUCAAAUGCCUUUUAAGACUUUUUCCUAGGGAUUUUUAAUUGAAUUUGAUGAAUAUAUGCAUUGUAACAUCUAAACCUAGUGGUGUUAGUAGAUAUUUGUGGAGAACAUCCUUCAUUUAAAAAGGAAUAAUUUAAUCUGCACUGUCUUGACUUUGACAUUGGCAACACUGGAAUAUUUUUUAUUUACCUAUUGUCUUUUACUUAACUUUCUGCUGCACCUUAAUGCACUCCACUGUUUUUUUUCAUUCCAUGUUCUUAAUAAAAUAUUAAAACAA